AUGAUCUUUGGAUUGGGAAGACUAUUCUACGUUGUACUCAUGCUGAUAAAUGCUGUAGCUGUGCUGAGUGAGGAACGUUUUCUAAGGAGAAUCAAUUUGGGAGCUAGCUCCGACCAGGCCCCAGUAUUCGGGCAACAAGACAGUAGUGCAAAAUCCAAGUUGGUUCACCUAAUUGGGGCUGUCCAGACUUUGUUGAGAAUUCCUUUGAUAGGAAUUAACAUUUUGGUUAUCAUCUAUGAACUGCUACUAGGUUAA